CCUCCGAAUUCUCAGUUAUUGUCUCACACAGCACUCCUUGAAGCGCAGCGUGAGAGACGAAUCAUUCCGCUCAGCUGUCUCUCCCCCACGCAGACACGUCUUCAGCCGACAUGCGUGAGUGCAUCUCUGUGCACGUCGGUCAGGCCGGGGUCCAGAUUGGAAACGCCUGCUGGGAGCUUUACUGCCUGGAACACGGCAUCCAAUCGGACGGACAGAUGCCCAGCGUCCAGAGCACCGGGGGCGGGGACAGUUCCUUCAAUACCUUCUUCAGUGAGACUGGAGCUGGAAAGCACGUCCCGAGAGCUGUUUUUGUAGACUUGGAGCCCACUGUGAUUGAUCAGGUGCGCAGUGGGACCUACCGCCAGCUGUUCCACCCUGAGCAGCUGAUCACUGGCAAGGAGGACGCUGCCAACAACUACGCCCGCGGACACUACACCGUCGGCAAAGAGCUCAUUGAACUGGUGCUCGACAGGAUCCGCAGGCUGUCCGAACAGUGCACCGGCCUUCAGGGCUUCCUGGUGUUCCACAGCUUCGGCGGCGGCACCGGCUCCGGCUUCACCUCCCUGCUGAUGGAGCGGCUGUCUGUCGACUACGGCAAGAAGUCCAAGCUGGAGUUCUCAGUCUACCCGGCCCCCCAGGUGUCCACCGCCGUGGUGGAGCCGUACAACGCCAUCCUGACCACGCACACCACCCUGGAGCACACGGACUGCGCCUUCAUGGUCGACAACGAGGCCCUCUUUGACAUCUGUCGUAGGAACCUCGACAUCGAGCGCCCCUCUUACACCAACCUCAACCGGUUGAUCAGUCAGAUCGUGUCCUCCAUCACCGCCUCGCUUCGAUUCGACGGCGCCCUCAAUGUAGACCUGACAGAGUUCCAGACCAACCUGGUGCCCUAUCCCCGCAUCCACUUCCCCCUGGCCACCUACGCCCCCGUCAUCUCUGCGGAGAAGGCCUACCACGAGCAGCUAACGGUGGCCGAAAUCACCAACUCCUGCUUUGAGCCGGCCAAUCAGCUGGUGAAGUGCAACCCCCGGCGCGGCAAAUACAUGGCCUGCUGCCUCCUGUUCCGCGGCGACGUGGUGCCCAAAGACGUGAACGCGGCCAUCGCCACCAUCAAAACCAAGCGCUCCAUCCAGUUCGUGGACUGGUGCCCCACUGGCUUCAAGGUGGGCAUCAACUACCAGCCUCCCACACUGGUUCCCGGGGGAGACCUGGCCAAGGUGCAGAGGGCCGUGUGCAUGCUGAGCAACACCACCGCCAUCGCUGAGGCCUGGGCUCGGCUCGACCACAAGUUCGACCUGAUGUACGCCAAGAGGGCCUUCGUGCACUGGUACGUGGGAGAGGGGAUGGAGGAGGGGGAGUUCUCCGAGGCCAGAGAGGACAUGGCAGCCCUGGAGAAGGAUUACGAGGAGGUUGGCAUGGAUAGUGCAGAGGAGGAAGAUGAGGAUGAUGGGGAGUUUUAAAACAGAUCUGUAGUCGUUAAAAUGACCAAAUAAAAGUUUGUUCAGCCACUGCA